CUGAAUAACUGCGCCGUGCGUCUCUCCUCUGCCUCCUGUACAAUAAAGCCUGCUGGAUUUACAGAAGUUUCACACUUUAAAGAGCUAGAUGACUGUGCAGAAGGGAAAGAGGAUGACGAUCUCCAUCCAGGAGCACAUGGCGAUUAACGUCUGCCCCGGCCCCAUCAGGCCCAUAAGACAAAUCUCUGCCUACUUUCCCCGACUGUCCCCUUCAUCCUCUGUCUCUGAUACGCUGUCACCGAAUCAGACAGGGUUUCCGUCUACGGCACUUGUGGCUGGAGGAGCAUCAGGGGGAGGAGGACUCCUGUCCCCAGUGUCUCCAGGGACAGCAGCGGGUGGAGGGACACUGUCUACAAUGAACAGCAUGGAAACAUCUGUGGAGAUUGACAGCUGUGACAGUGAUGAUAACACUUCUUUAGGCACUUUGGAGUUUGACCUGCUCUAUGAGUCAUCCACAAGUUCCCUGCAUUGCACAGUUCUCCGCGCCAAGGGUCUGAAGCCCAUGGACUUCAAUGGUUUAGCAGACCCUUAUGUGAAGCUCCACCUGCUCCCUGGUGCCUGCAAGGCGAACAAGCUGAAGACUAAGAUUGUGAAGAACACUCUCAACCCUGUUUGGAAUGAGACGCUUACUUACUACGGUAUCACGGAGGAGGACAUGUACAGAAAAACACUCAGAGUGUCGGUGUGUGAUGAAGACAAGCUGACGCAUAACGAGUUCAUCGGCGAGUCGCGUGUGGCCCUGCGCCGGGUCAAGCCUGAUCAACCCAAGCACUUUAACGUCUGCCUGGAACAUCCACCUCCUCUGGCAUCUCCUACUGCCAUGACCUCAGCACUCAGAGGAAUCUCCUGUUAUCUACGGGAGUGGGAGAGCGAGCAGCAGCGCAGUUUGGAAGAGCGCGGCCGUUUGCUGUUGUGUUUGCAGUUCUUGCCUCCAGCUCACACUCCAGAAGGCGAUGUUCCACCAGAAGCUAAAGAAAGAGCGAAGGGUGGUUUGUGUGUUGGUGUCAAACGCUGUGCCCAUCUUGCAGCCAUGGACGUCAAUGGACUGUCUGACCCCUACGUCAAAACAUACCUCAAGCCAGAUGUAAAGAAGAAAUCAAAGCACAAGACAGCUGUGAUAAAAAAAACACUAAACCCAGAGUUUAAUGAGGAGUUUUUUUACGAGAUUACAUUUAACGAGUUGGCAAGUAAAACGCUGGAGGUGAGUGUGUGGGAUUAUGAUCUGGGAAAGUCCAACGAUUUCAUCGGGGGUGUGUCUCUGGGCUGUCAAUCACAAGGCGAUGCCCUGCAGCACUGGAUCGACUGCUUGAAGAACAAAGGCCAGAAGGUGGAGCGCUGGCACACGCUGACCAACGACCUGCCUGGAUCCACAUUCUAGAAGCAAAAUGGCCAUGUCUGUCUCAUUUUGCCAAUUCCAAUCCAUUUCUGAUUGGAUACUCAUCCCUGUCAAUUACUCACAGAGGAUUAUGGGUAACCAACGUGUGGCGACAGUGGAAUGAGCUUCGACUGUCAGAGUAGAAGCUAGAAUGAUUCUCAUUAUGAUGUGAAGAACUUGAUAUGAGUCAAAGGAGCAAUUUUUUAAUCAUUAUUUUAAUUCAUAUGAUCAUUGGGAGUGUGUUCUGUUCUAACACCAACUUUAACUUUUUUAUUUGCAAAGCAAUGAAUCUGAAGCUUAGAAUGCAUUAAUAUGUUAUUUGCAGUGCAAUAAUUCAUCUUGCAAUAAUGCCCUGUUUGAUAAUGCUUCCAUUAAAAUUUCUUCUUGAGUGGUCUUAAACACUGGGGUGGAUGUGGAUUGUUGUUUCUUCUGGUUUAUAACUAAUAAUGAUUAACAGAAGUACUUGCUAAGUGUCUGUUUAUACGUCUUGUUAUUCAGCAUGCUUAGUGUGCUUUAAUUGUGGCUCCUCCGUAUCCAAAUCUUUCUUAUGGAAUUCCCGUAAUGUGUUUAUUUGGAUGUUCCUGAUUUGCAGAUGUUAUUUAUAUUUACUUAGUACACUAAAAAAGUUUAGAGUGCAUUUAGAGUUUCUUUAAGCUUUUUCUCUCUGUUUAAAGGUGUGCUCUGUGAUUUUAGGAUUGUCGGGCCAAUCUUUUAGCAGGGAGACCUAAUAAAUGGGUGGAAAUUGGUGGAGAAAAAUUGGAAGAAAGAAAUCCAAGAAGGUUUCCAUGUUGGUGUAACUGUUUCGAUUCUACUCCAAAAACCAUUAAAGCAUUGAGUUACUUUAACCCUUUAACAUUCUACUUUGUUUUGGUAGAGCAAUUUUCUGGAGUUACUAUAUUUUUAACUUGAUAUUAACUCAAUUAACUUGUUUGAGUCAUCUUUACCACUUGGUUGAGGUAUGCCAUGUAAGGAAAAAAAAAACACUGGAUAUUGCUUUGUCUUUAAAUAAAUGCCUUUUCGA